UCAUCAUAGUUUAUAAUCACAUUUAUGAUUAUUAUUUUCAAAAAAUAAAACUUUAUAGAAUGAUUGAUAUUAUUUGAACACAUUUAUUGAACGUGAAUUAUUUUUAAUAAAAAUGAACGAUUUUAUAAAAUGUAAAAAGUGUCGAUUUAAUAUAAUAAAUGUAUCACAAACAGUAAGCGAACAUGGUGAUGAGAGCGUGUGUAAAGACUCGAAUCAUACACAGAAGUUGUUCAUACCUGAAUCAUCGUAUUCAUCAUGGAUUUUAGAAGCAAUCGAAAAAAGUAAUUGGACAAAAGGGAAAUUUUAUUGUCCAACAUGUCAGAAUAAAUUAGGAACGUUUGAUUUUGUUUCAAGUGGCAAAUGUUUUUGUGGACAAUAUUGUGUACCGUCUGUUAUUUUAAUGUCAAGUAAAAUUGAUUAUCCAUCUGUUAAUGUAAAGAAUUUAAUUAGUUGA